CCGGCUGCCGGCCGCCUACUUUGAAGACCCAGGCAUCCUGGCUCUCCAGACCCAGCCCUGGAACCGUCAAGUCUUGUGCCGCAGACCCUCCUGACCAGAUCUGCGGCCUGAUCCUGUGGGGCUUAGCACUGCGAAGGGGACAGUUGGUCAUUUUCCAGAGGGUCAGAAGCCUUGUGGAUGUCCCGGUACAAGGAGGGUUGAGAGGCCUGGCAGUGCCAGGCCCACAGCAGGAGGAAGAGGUGGGAUAGGCUGCCCAAAGAAAGGCCAAGGCCAGAAGGAAACCGGGGUGGUAGUGGCAUCAGCCUGCUCUACCUGGUCUGGACUGAGCCCGGGUAGACCAAAGGCCUGGGUGUCAGUUUGACUCUGGUGCCAAGUGUGUUACCUUGGGCCAGUCUCAACCUCCCUAGGCCCUGCCUGCUACAGAGGGCUUCUCCAGCACCCAGAAAGGCUGGCGCUGCUCCCCAACCAUGACCGACAGCCUGGCGCCUGCGGAGGCACCCCAGAAGAGCUGUACUACCUUCAGGAUGGGGAGCCCCCCUGGGGCUGCAGGGGAAGGCCCCGGCGGCGCGGACGACGAGGGCCCUGUGAGGCGCCAAGGGAAGGUCACGGUCAAGUACGACCGUAAGGAGCUACGGAAGCGCCUCAACCUGGAGGAGUGGAUUCUGGAGCAGCUCACUCGCCUCUACGACUGCCAGGAAGAGGAGAUCCCAGAGCUGGAGAUAGAUGUGGAUGAGCUCCUGGACAUGGAGAGUGAUGACGCCCGGGCUGCCAGGGUCAAGGAGCUGCUGGUUGACUGUUACAAACCCACUGAGGCCUUCAUCUCUGGCCUGUUGGACAAAAUCCGGGGCAUGCAGAAGCUGAGCACACCCCAGAAGAAGUAAGGGUCCUCGGCCCAGGCAAACGGUGGCUCCCACAGGACAAUCGCUGCCCCCCAACCUCGUAGCAACAGCAAUACCAGGGAGCCCUGCGGCCAGGCCUGGUGCCGUGAGCAGGGCUCCUCAUGCCCCUGGCCUAGGGGCCUCUUCCCUGCUCCUACAAGUUUUCCAUUUUUGGGGUUUUUUAUUGUUAUUAAACGGAUGGGACUUUUUGUGUUUUUAUAUUGACUGCGGCGCGGGCCCUUUAAUAAAGCUAGGAUAUGCCUUUGGUGCA